AUGAGAGACUUGCAAGUGCGUGGAGAGGGGCGGAAAGGGCAUGGCAGCAGCAGCGCAGAGCAAGGGAUGGCCGCAGUGGGGGCGACGGCGGAGGAGACGAGCGCCCAGGACAACCCCACCACUCUCGCCUGCCUCGUCCCAGCCGGGCGCAAGGCAUUCACGCUGCUACAGCCGGGCGCAAGGCAUUCACGCUACUACAGCCGGGCGCAAGGCAUUCACGGUGCUACAGCCGGGUGCAAGGCACUCACUGUGCUGGGCGCCUCUCUGCUCGGGCGCCUCUCUGCUGGGCGCCUCUCUGCUCAGGCGCCUCUCUGCUGGGCGCCUCUCUGCUCAGGCGCCUCUCUGCUGGGCGCCUCUCUGCUGGGCGCCUCUCUGCCGGGCGCCUCUCUGCUGGGCGCCUCUCUGCUCAGGCGCCUCUCUGCUGGGCGCCUCUCUGCUGGGCGCCUCUCUGCUGGGCGCCUCUCUACUCGGGCGCCUCUCUGCUGGGCGCCUCUCUGCUGGGCGCCUCUCUGCUCAGGCGCCUCUCUGCUGGGCGCCUCUCUGCUGGGCGCCUCUCUACUCGGGCGCCUCUCUGCUGGGCGCCUCUCUGCUGGGCGCCUCUCUGCUCAGGCGCCUCUCCGCCUCUCUGCUCAGGCGCCUCUCUGCUCAGGCGCCUCUCUGUUGUGGCGCCGCUCUGCGCAGGCACCACUCUGCUGGGCGCCUCUGCUGGGCGCCUCUCUACUGGGCGCCUCUCUGCUGGGCGCCUCUCUUCUGUGGCGCCACUCUGCUGUGGCGCCUCUCUGCUGUGGCGUCUCUCUGCUCAGGCGCCUCUCUGCUGGGCGCCUCUCUGCUCGGGCGCCUCUCUGCUGGGCGCCUCUCUGCUGUGGCGCCACUCUGCUGUGGCGCCUCUCUGCUGGGCGCCUCUCUGCUCGGGCGCCUCUCUGCUGGGCGCCUCUCUGCUGUGGCGCCACUCUGCUGUGGCGCCUCUCUGCUGUGGCGCCUCUCUGCUCAGGCGCCUCUCUGCUGGGCGCCUCUCUGCUGGGCGCCACUCUGCUGUGGCGCCUCUCUGCUGUGGCGCCUCUCUGCGGUGGCGCCUCUCUGCUGGGCGCCUCUCUGCUGGGCGCCUCUCUGCUCAGGCGCCUCUCUGCUCAGGCGCCACUCUGCUCAGGCGCCUCUCUGCUCAGGCGCCUCUCUGCUGUGGCGCCUCUCUGCUCAGGCGCCUCUCUGCUGGGCGCCUCUCUGCUCAGGCGCCUCUCUGCUGGGCGCCUCUCUGCUCAGGCGCCUCUCUGCUCAAGGCGCCUCUCUGCUAAGGCGCCUCUCUGCUGGGCGCCUCUCUGCUCAGGCGCCUCUCUGCUCAGGCGCCUCUCUGCUAAGCCGCCUCUCUGCUGGGCGCCUCUCUGCUCAGGCGCCUCUCUGCUGGGCGCCUCUCUGCUCGGGCGCCUCUCUGCUGGGCGCCUCUCUGCUCGGCGCCUCUCUGCUGUGGCGCCUCUCUGCUGGGCGCCUCUCUGCUCAGGCGCCUCUCUGCUGUGGCGCCUCUCUGCUGGGCGCCUCUCUGCUCGGGCGCCUCUCUGCUGGGCGCCUCUCUGCUCGGGCGCCUCUCUGCUCAGGCGCCUCUCUGCUGGGCGCCUCUCUGCUCAGGCGCCUCUCUGCUGUGGCGCCUCUCUGCUCAGGCGCCUCUCUGCUGGGCGCCUCUCUGCUGGGCGCCUCUCUGCUGGGUGCCUCUCUGCUGGGCGCCUCUCUGCUCAGGCGCCUCUCUGCUCAGGCGCCUCUUUGCUCAGGCGCCUCUCUGCUGGGCUCCUCUUUGCUAGGCGCCUCUCUGCUGGGCGCCUCUCUGCUGUGGCGCCUCUCUGCUCAGGCGCCUCUCUGCUGGGCGCCUCUCUGCUCAGGCGCCUCUCUGCUGUUUCGCCUCUCUGCUCAGGCGCCUCUCUGCUGUGGCGCCUCUCUGCUCAGGCGCCUCUCUGCUGGGCGCCUCUCUGCUCAGGCGCCUCUCUGCUGUGGCGCCUCUCUGCUCAGGCGCCUCUCUGCUGGGCGCCUCUAUGCUCGGGCGCCUCUCUGCUCAGGCGCCUCUCUGCUGGGCGCCUCUCUGCUCAGGCGCCUCUCUGCUGUGGCGCCACUCUGCUCAGGCGCCUCUCUGCUGUGGCGCCUCUCUGCUCAGGCGCCUCUCUGCUGGGCGCCUCUCUACUGUGGCGCCUCUCUGCUCAGGCGCCUCUCUGCUGUGGAGCCACUCUGCUCAGGCGCCUCUCUGCUGUGGCGCCUCUCUGCUCAGGCGCCUCUCUGCUGGGCGCCUCUCUGCUCAGGCGCCUCUCUGCUAAGGCGCCUCUCUGCUGUGGCGCCUCUCUGCUCAGGCUCCUCUCUGCUGGGCGCCUCUCUGCUCAGGCGCCUCUCUGCUCAGGCGCCUCUCUGCUCGGGCGCCUCUCUGCUCGGGCGCCUCUCUGCUCGGGCGCCUCUGCUGGGCGCCUCUAUGCGCGGGCGCCUCUCUGCUCGGGCGCCUCUCUGCUCGGGCGCCUCUCUGCUCGGGCGCCUCUCUGCUCAGGCGCCUCUCUGCUCAGGCGCCUCUCUGCUCAGGCGCCUCUCUGCUGUUGCGCCUCUCUGCUGGGCGCCUCUCUGCUGGGCGCCCCUCUAAAAGGCGCCUCUCCUCUAAGAGGCGUCCCUCCUCUAAAAGAGGCGCCCCUCCUCUAA